AUGACGAUCGAUCUCGAUAAAGAUUUAGUUUAUAGUGUAAUAAUCUAUGCCAGUGAUAUGAAUGUUACUCUCUGUCAAUUAAUGUUAGCUUCGUAUUAUACAUUUCUGUUUAAACAAUGUCAACAGACAGAUGUAUGUAUCGGUACGAUUAAUGCAAAUCGUUAUCGUUCUGAAUUGCAGUCGUUGAUUGGAAUGUUUGUGAAUACACUACCAUUACGUCUAAAAGAAUUUGAUCCUAUACAAUCAUUUUCACACUUAUUAAUCAAUGUUAAACAAUUGUGUUUAGACACAUUUGAUUUGGCGUGUUUGUCCUAUCAAGAAAUAAUCAGAUUACAUCGCACAGCUGACUCGAUCACGACAACAUCCACAUGGCCAUUCAUACAGACAAUGUUUUUAUUCUAUGACUUCCUAUCAUUCGACGAGCGAAACGUACAACUGGAUGAUGAGACUAGUCUAAGUCUAGUACAACAAUGGAAUCUGCGAAAAUCAAACGAACUGACAAAUUUGAAUGCUACACAUAUUGAGUUCGAUCGUCCCCUAAAACCAAUACACGAAGAAUUUUAUGAUCGUGCAAAUGAAUAUUCACAAAAGUUAGCUGUAGUAUUAGAUGAACAAACGCUAACAUAUUCAGAAACAUUGUAUUAUGUUCAACGACUAGCAACGCAUUUAAUUGAAGAAUAUCAUGUCAAAGUCGGUGAUAUUAUUUGUCAAUGUAUGGAAAGAUCAAUUGAAAUAGUACUGGGCAUUCUAUCAAUAUUAGCAGCAGGUGCUAUCUAUUGUCCAUUGAAUCCUAACGAUUGUGCAAAACGUUUAUUCUCAUCGAUCAACGAAGUUCAAGCCAUACUAGUGUUAGUCGAACCGAAAACAAUGUCAGUUUUUGAUGUUUCUGAAUAUUAUAAUGGCGUUAAUGUUCAUUCGAAUUAG